CAUACUAAACAACAUGGCGUCAUUAGAUUUAAAGAAGACCUUUUUCAGUAAAUCUGACGCUACUGCAGGAGAGAUCCGCUGUCAGAAAUGUUUACAGAAAGGUCACUGGACAUAUGCUUGUACGGGCAAACGAAAAUAUGUUCAACGUGAAUCACGAUCUAAAGAAAUGAUAAAACGGCAGAAGAAAGAAGAAGAAAAAAAGAAAUUGGAAUUAUUGGCUAAAAGUUCAAGUUUACAAGAGAAAAAGAAGAAAAGCAAAAAAUCUGAUGGUGAAAGUACAGACAGUGACUCGAAUAAUUCAGCAGAUUCAGAUAGUGAUAGUUCUACGAGUACUAGUGACUCAGAUAGUGAUAGUUCUACAUCUGGUAGUUCAACCUCCAGCUCCACAUCUAGUUCAUCUUCAUCCUCAUCAUCCUCCUCAUCAUCAGAAACUGAAGAUACUUAAUCUAUCAUUGAUUCUCAUCAGAAACUGAAGAUACUUAAUCUAUCAUUGAUUCUCAUCAGAAACUGAAGAUAUUUAAUCUAUCAUUGAUUCUCAACAGAAACUGAAGAUACUUAAUCUAUCAUUGAUUCUCAUCAGAAACUGAAGAUACUUAAUCUAUCAUUGAUCUAAUCUGUCGUUGAAUCUAAGCUGUCAUCAUCAGAAACUGCAGAUACUUAAUCUGUCAUUGAUCUAAGCUGUGAUAACUGAUGGACGUGUCUUUCAUUGUGUAAUGUACAGAUAAUUACCUUUUAAUAUGUGAAUGACAGAUUUUCUUAAUUGAUGAUAAUUCACUGUUUUAUCUAUAUACAUGUUUUUGGAAGCCAUUAAGAAUAAGUAAAAGAAAUUUAAGCUGACAUGGCGGUUUAAUAAUAAUGUGUAAAUUAUUUGAAUCAGCAGAUAAUGGUCGAUUUUAGUGAGAUAUAAGUGAAAAGGACAGCAUAAAUGCUACUGUUUGUUUGUUUUUGUUAAAUUAACCUUUUAUUAACAAUAUUCAAAACAAAAGGUCAAAUUAAGUGUCAAGAGAAAGAGACCUCUGGUUUGUUAAAAUUCUAAUUAUGGUAUUAAUCUGUUUUCACUGUGACUGUUUGAAAAAACAAUGUCUGGCCCAAGUUCUGUUUGUAAAGGAAAAAAUGGAUAAGAUAGGAAUCAUAAAUGAUUGAUAAAGCAAGAAAUGGGACUUCUUUCAUACAUUUAGGCCAUACAUGAUAAUAUUCUGAUUCACAGACAAUCCUUACCAAUAAUCUAAUAUAGGAGGGAGUUUUUAUUUUUGUAUUUUAUUUUGUCAAAGGAUCACUACAAGACCGAAUGGUUAGCGUGUGUGCGCUGUAUCAUAAAGUCUGUCAUUGAGUCAUCUGAUGUGGUUUUGAUUCCACGGUUGUACGUGACAAAGAGUAGGAUCGCCAGUCCAACCUCGUGGCGUUUCUCCGGGUCCUGAUUUUCUCUCACUGCUAAAGACCCCUACGCGCAAGCGAAUUAUUGAAAUAAAAUUGCUCCAUGUUAGUCCCAAAAUGACCUAGUUUGUGUCGAGUGGACGUUAAACCUUGUUUCUCUCUCAAUAAAUGUAUCGUUAUCCAGUGUCAUUUAUGGUUGUCAAUAACAUAAAGUCCUGUGUAAGUAAAAUAUCCCUUGGCAGUUGGAUUUCGAUGUAAGAGUAGGCCAUAGUGCCGCUCUGGGGCAAAAUUUCCCCGCAUAGUACAUUUUAUGGCAUAUAAUUUUCUUCAUUAGCCCAGUAGGACGUUAAACCCCAUUUCAUUUCAUUUUGAUUUCAUUUCAAAAAGCUUAGAUACAAUGCAGAUUAUUAAAAUUGGAAAAAUAAAUAAUUUUAUGCGAUAAUGCUCUAGAACGUAGAUAAUGACAAGUCUACAAGUUGAAUAGUUAGAUUUAAUCAUGUGGUCUUCAGAAAAUUGAUUAUUGAUCAAUAACUGUUAUUAUUGAUCGGUACAGACAUGCAAUUCUUUAGUGAAAUUUGAUAAACUUAGGAUAAUAGUCACUGACUACGGUAUUCACAGAAAUAAUAAUAAUAAUAAUAAUAAUUGACAUUUAUAGAGCGCCAACAUCCAGCUAGAUUAGCUGUUAUUACAACAACAACAACAUAAAAAAAAGAAAAAGCGUCGUUAAAAAAAAAUGAGUUUUUAGUUUCUUUUUGAAAAUGUACAUGUUGUCUACAUUUUUCAGUGUUCGUUCCAUCAUAGUGCUGGAGCAGCCACUUUGAAGCUUCGGAGACCAAUGAUGGUUUUCAGAGAUUACCAGGUGUUCUAUGUUUAUUAAAACAUGUUGCUUAUGUCAUGUACAGUUAUUAACACUGGUUUACUUAUUGUAUUUAGCAAAUUAUAUUUUGGUUACUAUUUAUUUGGAUAAAACCAGAAAACGAUCAUUGUUGGUCAUUUAUUUGCAUAAAACCUAAAGACUAAUAUUUUGUGUCAUUUAUUCAGGAUUUAUGUCCAUGUAUUUCACAGAAAGAACAAAUAGUUUUUACAUUUUAGUAUUAUUCAUUUAGAAAAGCUCAUAUAUUUAAUAUCAACCAAUUAUCAUUGAAUAAAAACAAGGUGCCAGAAAAGGUGUUAUAUUUUUCAAUCAUAGUGAUUUUAAUCUAGUUUGUAUUUUAUGUUUUUGUGACAUGUCAUUUAGUUAAAAUUAGAUUUUAAUCAAGAAAGAUCAUAUACAUACAAUUAGAUCAUUAAUUAAGUCUGAUACAGGACAAUACUAUAAUUAUUAUUGAAUUAUUAGUUUUACUGGUACAUGUAUUUAAGUAUACUGCUAUACCAGUAUUUAAACUUUGGGCAUAUUAUGGUUAACAUAUAAAAUAAAUUGGAGCGGAUCACGUAUGUGGUAACUGUUAAUUGGCUGAAAUUUUGUAAGAUGUUACCUGGUAAUACUUUUCUUUACUUCAAAGCAAAUGUUGAUGUGUGAUAAACAGUAGAGGAUGAUAAAUUUCAUGUAUACUCAAGUAGGUAAUUCAGGUUAAAUAAAGCCUAACUGUUUUGUCCAUCUUUAUGGACACAUUAGCCGCAUGAUUCGCCCGAAUCAAACAUGUUUGAUAUAUUUGCCUAGUGUGUCCGCUUCGCCGAAGCAGUCACCCGAAUGUAGAAUUCAUUAGUCAAUCACCACUCAUCAUCCACUCACAUCGAGAAGUCACAUGAUUGUUUGAAAACAUGGUCACUGCCAUGUUUAAUCACGUGACGUGAAAGGUGAUGCAAUCAACUGAUGAGUCGGGUGAAUGAUUCGACCAAUAUGUCCACCGCUUUAGGAAACCAUUGAGCUCACUGAUCUAACUUUUGAUGAGCUGUAACUUUAAUACCGAAUGAUUCGGUCAAUGUGUCCACCGCUUAAGGAAUCCAAUGAGCUCACUGAUCUAACUUUAGAUGAGCUAUGCAGUGCACAAUGUCAACGAUAUCACCCCAGGUGGUGUGGACGUAAAACUCCAGGAGCGACCGUAAUGCACAUAAAACAUCCCUUGUCAGUUGGAAAUCAAUUAACUAGGUGAAAUUAACUUGAUUUGAAAAGGAAAGGGAAAGACAGUUUUGAAUUAUUUUCUUGGCAAACAAGAGGAAAGUAGAAAGUAGACACAUUGUAGUUUAAAUAAAUCGAGUUAGUAAUGAAAAUUCAACAAUGCUUUAGAUAUUCUUCUCUUGUAUUUUUAAGAAAUUAUACAUGCUGAUGUUAAAUAUAAAAAUAUUUUCAAGUAUUUAUGUAUUAUUUAUCCAACAUGGACUGCUUCUUGUUUUAUUGUAUUAUAUAAUAAUUGUAUACUAUUUGUUAUAAUAUCAAGAAUAAGGAAUUCUUGAAAAUUAUUGACCAGUUAUUAUUAUCUUUGGGUUCGGGAUAAAAAAAUUAUAAAUAUCAUUUGUAAAUAUUUUCAUAAAUAAAAAAUGUUUUAAUAAAUCAUAAUCAGCUUUUUAAUGUGUUAAAUUAAGCAGAUUAGCAGUGUUGUGUGGGGCAGCAAGAUCUAAACAGGAUGUUGGGAUGUAAUUAAGGCCGAAAAUAACUUUGCCUCAGGAACAGAGAGAGAGAGAAAUGGGGUUUAACGUCCACUCGACACAAACAUAUCGUUUCAAUUAUUUG